CCAUCCCUCCAUCCUCCUCCAGCCUUUUGAAUUCCCCGCCAUUUCAGGAUUGCUUUCGACCCUAUUCAGCCCUGCAGACAAGCAACCUUAGACAGACAUGGCUGCUGCUUUUGCUACUAAGGAUCAUGUCGAGAAUCUCUGCGAAGAAGCCAUUUGUUCUGUUUGCCUGGAGUAUUUCAAGGACCCUGUGUCCUUAGAAUGUGGGCACAAUUUCUGCCAAGCGUGCUUGUCCCAGUGGUGGAAGGAGUCGGGCACUAUGGAGACCUCCUGCCCUCAAUGCAGGGGAAAAGUUCUGCAAAGGAACCUCAGGCCAAAUCGGCAGCUAGCCAACCUUGUAGAAAUCACCAAGAAACUCAGCCUUCAGGGGUCUAUGAAGGCAGAAGGCAAGGAGAGAGUCUGUGGGAAACACCAGGAGCCCCUGAAACUUUUCUGUAAGGAUGAUGAAACCUCCAUCUGUGUGGUGUGUGACAGAUCCAAGGAGCACAGAGAUCAUGUAGUGGUCCCCCUGGCAGAGGCUGCUCGAGACUACAAGCAUAGAAUUGCAGAGAUUGAGAAGACAGUAGCAAAUUUCAGACAACUGCACCAGUUUCUGGAAGAACAAGGAUGCUUCUGCUGGCUAAGAUGGAAUUGGCGGGUGAAGAAAUCACAAGCAAGGGAUAAGGGCUGGAUGAGAAUUUCAGGAACUCUCCUUGUUGAGAGUCUUGUCCAGGAGAUGGAAGAGAAAUGUCAACAACCACCUAUGCAACUCCUUCAGGAUGUGCAAAGCCUUUUGCAGAGGACUAAGGAGAAGAUAACAUUUGAGAGGCCAGUGGCUUACCCUCCAAAGCUGAAAUGGAAGAUCUGGGAGUUUUGUGAAACAAACCCCAUUCUAGUUGCAGUCAUGAAGCAAUGCAGAGGUGCUCUGAUGCCUGCGCUACAGCUUCAGAAAGCAAAUGUCACUCUGGAUCCAGAUACAGCAUGUCCCUGGCUUGUCCUGUCUGAGGAUCAUAAAAGUGUGAGGUAUGAAGACAAAUAUAAAAAUGUGCCUGACAAUCCUAAAAGAUUCGACAACCGACCUUUUGUAUUGGGACGUGAGGAAUUCGCAUCAGGCAGGCAUUUCUGGGAUGUUUUUGUGGGAAGCGAGGAAUCAUGGGCUGUUGGAGUGGUCAGGAAGUCUGUGAGAAGAAAAGGCCCUGUUAACAUUGGAUCUCAAGAAGGGAUCUGGAUUGUGGGCAGGUGGAGAGAGCGCUAUAUUGCUGCCCCUCACCCUUCUAACUCUGUUCUGUCCCUGAGUGGAAAGACCAAGCGUAUCCGAGUGUCUCUGAACUGUGCUGCAAACCAGGUGACUUUUUAUGAUGCUGAUACAGGAACCAAGCUCUACGUAAUCCCAGAUUUCCUUCCAUUCUCUGGAGAGACUGUCCUCCCGUUCUUUUACGUGUAUGACAAAGGCUACCUCAAAAUCUCAUAAGCAGCCAAGCCUAUCUCACAGGCCAUAUUCUCUAAACCAGGAUGAUUAUAAUAUAAUGGUUCAACUCUUUUUAAAAUUGUGCUUUAAAUUUUCCAAUUGCUUUUGGGGGGGGGAAUUGCUUUCUUUUAAGAUGAUUUCAAUGGCUGUGUUCUGCCCUGAGAGCUGUUGAGAGAGUGGGUUUGAAAUGUUUCAAGGAAUAAACAUAAACAAUACAAAAUUCAAAGUAUUUUUUUUUCACCAAGGGACCCCCUUUUCCAUUUCUCUAAAGACCCAAAGGGAGGUUUCAUAAUUCGCAGUCUUCAAAACUCUUUCAUUCAUUGAUUCAUGCAAGUCCUACUUUCUCUUCUUCUUUCACAGACAACCCCAUGUACAUUAAUUCUUAAAGAGAAGGUAACACAUUAAUAUUGUAGGGUUGUUGUUGUUGUUGUCAUUGUGCCUUCACACCGUUUCCAACUUAUGACAACCCUAAG